AUGUCAGAAGCUCCGCGAGUAUUUCGAGCCACAUACUCAAAUACCGAUGUAUAUGAAUGUACUAUGAAUGACUCUCCGAUUAUGAGGAGAUGUAAAGAUGAUUGGGUGAAUGCUACUCAAAUUCUUAAAUGUUGUAAUUUUCCCAAGGCCAAAAGAACAAAAAUUUUAGAAAAGGGAGUUCAACUGGGAUCUCAUGAAAAGGUUCAAGGGGGGUUUGGUAGAUUUCAAGGAACUUGGAUUCCAUUGGAAGAUGCACGUAGGUUGGCAACCACCUAUGGUGUUACAAAAGAAUUGGCACCAGUACUAUUUAUGGAUUUCAGUGAUCCCAACUUGGUAAUUCCUCAAAAGGCCAAACCACAACCAAAGGAACCAUCACUCGUCAAGAGGAAAUAUGUCAAGAAAAUCAAACCUUUGGGUGAGAUGCCAAAUAAGAAAUAUAAGAAGGAUAAGAAAGAUCUUGAUAACGAUCCAAACAGUUCUUUUUCUAGAGAUUCUUUCAGUUCCAUAUCUCGACAAAAUUCUUACAUUCAACCUACAAAUGGUCAAUAUAUACAAGGGUAUCCACCACAGCAACAACCGCCACAACAACAGCAGAUGCCUCAGCAUCAGCACACUCAAUCUGUUGCACAUGCACCACAACAAGCUCAAACAUCAUUACAACAAGCCCCACCACCACCCCAACAACAACAACAACAGCAGCAGCAGCAACAAGCACCACAAGUCCCACUUCACUAUGCCAAUGGAGCACCAGGACUGUCCUCACAAUCUUCAAAUGAUACUAACUGGUCUCAACGAGAAAGUGAUACUUCAAUCAAUUCCGAAGAGUUGAAAAUGCCACCACUUCAAGACAAAGAUGAGCAACAUCAACCAAGCACAUAUGCUGCUCAAUUAUUGAAAUUCUUCAGCGAAGACAAUUCCGAAGUUCCUUAUUUUGUGCAUUAUCCUCCUGCAGAUUUCAAUAUUAACGAGCCAAUUGAUGAUGAAGGACAUACUGCAUUGCACUGGGCUGCUUCUAUUGGAAACUACCAAAUGAUUCAUUUAUUAUUAUCCAAGGGAGCAAAUCCUCUUGUUGUUAACAAUUUUGGAUUAAAUCCACUUUCAAAAUUGAUAUCUUUUAAUAACUGUUUUGAAUUGAAGAAUUUCCCUAAAGUUCUCGAUGAUUUGGAGUUGUGUCUCAUUAAUACUGAUAUAAAUGGCCGCACGCCAUUACAUUAUUUAGCUCAAUUUUCCAAAAUUAAAACUAAAUUCGAAAGCUUGAGGUAUUACUUGAAUGCAAUUUUGAAUAAAUUGACCAUGCUAUCUACUCAUCAAGUAAAACAAAUUGAUUUACUUAAGAAUGUGUUGAAUCAUCAAGAUGUCAAUGGAGAUACCUGUCUACAUAUUGCUGUCAAAGCUGGCUGUGCUAAAAUUGUUCAAUUGUUUUUACAAUAUGGAGCUAGAGAUGAUUUAGAAAACGUUCAAAGAGAGACAUGUAAAAUGUUAAUUUCUCAAUAUGGUUUAAUUCCAGAAAAUACAAUGGAUAUGCCAGUAGUUUACCGACAACAAUUUCAAAAUCAAUCUGAAAUUCAACAACCACAGCAGUCACAAUAUUAUAACAACCAAGUAGUAGCUACUCCAGUUCUGAAUUUCAAAGCAGAAACUCCAGAUACACAAAGAACAAUCCAAGAAGAUGACGACGAUGACGACGAAGUUGUAGCACGGGUAGACAAGAAACAUUUAGACGCAUUGAAUAAUGAUAAUGUAUUUAUCAACAAGUCCAAUAAAUCUACCCCUAUCCCACGAAUGAAAAUUACGAAAUCCCCUCAAUUAUCAGUUAUACAUGAAAAAUACAUUGUACCUCACCAGCCAAACCCUCCUGAAUUGGAUAAGAAUGGGAAAUUAGUUCUGAAUGGUAAGAGUGACGAUCCGCAAUCCAUCAAGAAAUUAGAAAUGACCGAUUUGGCAUCAAUGAUAACUGGAAUGAUCAAUUCUCUUGGUGGAGUAUAUUCACAGGAAAUGCAUAGUUUGGAGAAACAACUCAGCGAACUUAAUCACUUGGUGGAAACGAAAAAUAAUGAAAAUCAAGAAUCCAUCGAUUCAUUAAAGAAACUCCUUGGUCUUUCAGGGAUAGAAGAAGCAUUUGAAACUGUCGAAGAAGGACAAAAUGUGAUUAUAGAUAAAAUAAACUACGCUAUUAAUGCAUUGAGCGAUAAAGAAAUAGCUCUCCAUCGAGUCUUGGAACGAAACCAAGCUUUUACACUUGCUAACCUCGUUCAUGCCGAAGAAACCCUACAAAUGGAAAAAGCUUCUAAAGAGGAUAGCUCACCAGAGACUAGAUUCAAUGAUGCUAUAGAAUUGACUCGUUUGCAGUUGAACCGGAACAAACUUGUUCGUGAAAUUGGUGAAAGAACCAAAUUAUUUGCAGUUGAUGAGCAAAUGUACAAAUACCGUAAAUUGAUCAGUUUGAGUUGUGGCUUACGAAUUGAAGAUAUCGAUGGUUUACUAGACGGUAUUGAAGAAUCGUUAGUAGAGGGAAUGAGUUAA